AUGUCUGAUAAUUCACCGAGAAGAAGUUUAAAUUUACAGGGUGUGCUGAAAUAUGCUGUCGCACACACCACAAGCCCAGAAGCCGAUGCAAAGCCAAGCACCGAUCUAGAUGACGAGAAAAGUCGAUUCCUAGAGGGUGCACUAAAUUCACUCACAGUCGGCGCAUCAAUCGAUUUUAAAACCGCACUGGAAAUUCUGGACAGCCCAGAGACGAGUACAGAGGAAAAAAAGGAAAGUCUAAAUCAUCUAAGAAGCCACAUUGAUGACAUCGAUUUGGCGAAUUCCCUGGCCAAAAUGGGCGGCACAAAGACCUUAAUCCGAUAUAUAACAAUGCCGGAAAAGGACCUGCAGGCAUUGUCCAUUAAUAUCGUCGCUGAGAUGGCACAAAAUAACAUAUUUUGCCAGGACAUUUUCACCAAGGAGAAAUUUCUGCCUGCGCUUACACGAAAUUUGAGUGAAGGGAAUGAAAACGCGAAUAUAGUUCGCUGUUCCAUAUAUGCCAUAUCAUCGAUAAUACGAAGCUUUCAGCCAGGCAUGAAUGAAUUCAAGCGAAUAAAUGGUAUUAAGGCUCUACUACCGUGCCUGAAGUCUUCCAAUUCAGAUGUCUAUAUAAAAGCAGCAUUUCUCAUAGCAUCCUUAUCAUCGCUGGACAAGUCCCUCAGAGAUGCAUUUCUAAAGGCCGACGCAUUUUCUAUAUUAUUUGAAAACCUAAGGCCGAUCGAUUGCUUUGAUGUGAAACAGGAGACCACACUUUAUGCACUUUCCACACUCUCGUUGAAGUCGAAUCUGAAACUGUCGGCGGGGAAACGCAAGGAUUUGGACCUUAUUUUGGCCCAAAUAAUCUCAAAAAACAACCAAAACGAAAAUUGCGAGGACAUGGUUAAUUAUGCAAAAAAUAUUCUGGAAAACUUAAAAACACUGCCUUGAAUAAGAGUCAUAUAAGAGUCACAGAAACGGGGAAUGUAUUAAUUUAGAUGGUGGGGAUUUUAUGCGUGAUCAUCCAAGAGCUUCGCCAAGCUUUCAAGGUGAUUCUGAUCAGUACAGUAUUAUACGAAAUUUCAUUGGGAAAAGACCACCCCAAACAAGGCCUACAAACUGAUAAAAAAACCCGCCUUCCAAUGGCAGUGGGUCUCGCGUGAUCAUGGCUCAAUCUGAGAUCCACCUGAUCGGCCAACCAAAUGCACAAUCACUUGUACUAUGCGUUUGAGAUGCCGAUUACGUGGAUUGCAUAUCGAUGAUAUUGCAUACGAAACAUAUUCUAUUCCUCUUGAUCCCCGUGCCACAGCCGAUAAGAGUGUUGGUUCCGUGCUGCAAUUUUCCGUCCUGUGAUGAAAUUUCCGACAGUACUGGGAUUGGCACGACUCUCCCUUGAUUUGCCAUUACUGUUCAUUACUAAAAAUACAACUUAACAGGUUUUUUAUACAGCUAAAAGCUAAUCAAAUAAUAAAUAAUCAAAUGUUUCUGACAAUAA